AUGGUUAGAACAAGAGGUUUAGGUCGUGCCUUAGCUAGUGUUAGAGGUAGAGGCAUGGGCCAGGAUGAGCAUCAUGCUGAUGUUUCCCAAAGGCGUAGGCCUACUGCUUUUGCCCGUAGGCAAAGGGUUCAUGUUGAUGUUACUGAGGAUGUUCCUCAGGUGACUGAGGAUGUUCCUCAUAUGGACGAGGAUAUUCCUGAGAGGAUUGCGGACGUAGAUGCUGCAGACGUAGAGGGCAUAACUAUUGAUGGUGCUAAGGGGUCACCUGCUGAUCAUGCUGAGGGAUUCCCUGGUGGGCCACGUGACCCAUCGGUCCUGACUUCAUUUGGCGACCAUGUGGCACAUAGCAUCUGGAGUGGAGAGGAACGACCUGAGUUGAAGUUAGUCUCCCAAGGUAUGAAGGUUGAUAAAUUUGGGAGGUCAGCACCUGAGAUAGAAGGCCUAGUGGCGGCCACUGGAUUAAGUCCACUAAUUGGGUGUUCUGUAGUCACCAACGAUCCUAGACUUAUAUUCGCAUUUUUCGAGAGGUGGCAUAGGGAGACCAGCACCUUCCACCUUCUAGUAGGAGAGUUGAUGAUCACCCUGGACGAUGCGGCGGCACUCCUCCAUCUUCCCAUCACAGGCGUGUUACACAGCUUUGAGCCUCUGCUUAUGGAUGAGGCAAUCUUCUUGUUGAUGGAGCUGCUUGAGGUCUUUGGUGAUGAGGCUGGAGUUGAGACUGUACGGGCGCAUGGGGCAUACAUACGAAUUUCGUGGCUUCGGGAGGUCUAUCAGAGUAGAUGCCAUGUCCGAUGGUGGAUUGUAGCAGCCCAUGCUUAUCUCCUCCACUUGGUGGGUUGCACUCUUUUUUCUAACAAGAGUGCAACACAUGUUCAUGUGGUUCAUCUGGAGGGUUUUCGAGACUUGGGUCAGACAAGGGUCUAUGCUUAG